AUGUCCAAGCCAUUGAUCAAGCUAGAGAAUGCCUUAUUUAAAGGAUUAUCAGCAGCCAAAGGCUCACCAACAGUUUUCAAAAACCCAAUUUCUCUAGAGAUCAAACCUGAAGAGAGAUGGGCAGUAAUAGGAACUUUCAAGACACAAUUGAUGAAGGCAUUGGCGUCUCAAUAUUUACCAGACCCCCCAUUAUCAAGAACAUAUCCCUUUUUAAACAAAUCAGUAUGGCCAAACACAGUCAUCCAAUUCUUGGAGUUCAAAGGAGCAUUGCCAACAGCUCAUUUAGCUGCAAGAUAUGAAUUUUUCAAAGAUGAGUUUGAUGAAACUACAAGAAGAUUUGUGGUUGGAAAUGUUAACAACUCAAGAAUUAUAAAUGAAGAGUUAGUUAAAGAUGUCUUUAAGAAGCUGAAACUUGAAGGAUUAGAAGAUAGAUGGGCUUUAGGGUUAAGUAAUGGUCAAACAAGAAGAGCAAGACUAGCUAGAGCACUAGUGAGAGAACCAAAAUUAUUGAUUGUUGAUGAUCCCUUUCUAGGGCUGGACCCCACUGCUAGCUCAGUUGUGAGUGAUGUUUUAGGAAAUAUACCACCAAAUCCUCAUGUUGUUUUAGGUUUGAGAUACCAGGAUGUUGUUCCUGAGUGGAUUACACAUAUUGCAGUUGUUGAUGAGAAUGGUUUAAUAACAACGGGUGCUAAAAAUGAAGUUGAAGAACACUUGGAGGAGCUCAAGGCUAAAGAUGAAGAGCUGAAGAAAGAACAAAUUGCAUUAAAUAAUGAAAAAGUUGAAAAUAUUAAAAAGUUGUUUAGUUCUAAAAAAGUUGAUUAUAGUGUUCCAUUAUUUGAAUUCAAAAACAUAUCUGUUGCAUAUCGUGGCCAGCCUGUUAUAACAGAUUUAAGCUGGAAAGUCUUACAUGGUGAGAGAUGGCAUGUUAGAGGUGAUAAUGGUACUGGUAAAUCAACUUUAUUAUCAUUAAUCACUGCAGAGCAUCCUCAAUCAUGGAAUUCAGCCAUUGAAAUGUACGGUGAGCCUCGCAGAACUGGGAAGCAAAACUUUUUCGAUAUCAAUGCUGGUAUUGGAUUCACUUCACCUGAAUUACAUGCCAUUUUCCCUCAAAGAUUGACUGCAUAUGAAGCUAUUGCAACUGGAUUUGUUGUUGGUAGUUUUAUUCCACCAAAAAACUUGACACAAGUAGAAAUUGAAAGAAUCAGUGCUUAUUUCAAAGAGUUCAAUUUGGAAUCUAAAAAAGAUACAAAGUUUCAAGAUCUCAGCGUUAGUGAUCAAAAACUAGUCUUGUUCAUAAGAGCCAUUAUAAAGAAUCCAGAUUUGGUUAUUUUGGAUGAAGCUUUAUCAGUUAUGGAUGAUGCAAGAAUUGAGCAAUGUAAAGGGCUUUUAAGACAUUAUCCUGGUACAGUAUUAGCCAUUGGCCAUUUAGAAUCAGAAGUUCCAGAUACUGAUAGAUAUAUUAGAUUAUUGGGUCCAGGUAAAUAUGAGAUUGAACUCAAAUGA